AUCCGCUGCAGCAGAGGCGUCGCGCCGGAAAGCUACAGGACAGCGACAUUUCAAGCUGUGAUCAAAACAACUUCAGGGCCUGAAUCUGCGUCCCCCCCUUUUAGUUUCUGCGCGGGAAGACGAUACCUGUCUUCAAAGUGUUUUUAAGGAACGGGAGACUGCAAACAGUUGUUUAUGCGAGAGAAGUUAACAUUUUGGCCUUGACAGCUUGGCUAACGUUAGGCCCGGGCAGCGCGAGCCUCGGAGCUUACUUCUCGCUAGCAAAACCAAAACAAGGAAUGAGUAAUGACCUCUGUGGUAGUGUCAGACGGAGGAGGGAACAUAGUGGAGUAUGUCACUGUAGUGGAGGAGCCCCAGCAGUGUGAGCAGCAGCCCACUGAGGAGGAAGAUGAUGAAGAGGAAGAAGAAGUGGUUGAGCAGGAGAUAGAGUCAGUGAUCGUGGGCGAAGAGGAAGAUGUGGAAGAGGAGGACGGCGUGGUGCUGCAGGAAGAGGGCUGUCCGGCCGUGAUCGUGGAGGAGGUGCCCAGUGCCCAGGUGGAGGAGUGUUACUCGGCACAGGUGCUGGUGUACGACGACGAGACGUACCUGAUGCAGGAUGUGGCUGAGGAGCAGGAGGUGGUGACGGAGGUGGCCGAGACAGUGGAGAUGUCAGGACAUGACCUGGUGUGUUUCGACAAAACGUUUGAAGCAGCUGAAGCUCUUCUCCACAUGGAGUCUCCUGGAGGACUGCACAAUGACCGCCACACAGCAGAGGAUGUAAUGAUGGAGACAGUGGUGGAGGUGUCCACAGAGUGUGGACCAAUAGAGGAGGAGUCCUUCCCCAUCCCUCCUGACUGUGAACCUGCAGCCAAGAAGAAAAGAGGAGGAGGACGGAAGCCCAAGACAAACCAGCCUGCUUCUAACGGCUCAUUUGACCUGGGGAUCAAGAAGAGGCCGAGGGAGGGCAAAGGCAACACCACCUAUCUGUGGGAGUUCCUGCUGGAGCUGCUGCAGGAUAAGAACACCUGUCCCAGGUACAUCAAGUGGAUGCAGAGGGAGAAGGGGAUCUUCAAGCUGGUGGACUCCAAGGCUGUGUCCAAGCUGUGGGGCAAACACAAGAACAAGCCUGACAUGAACUAUGAGACCAUGGGCCGAGCCCUGAGGUAUUACUACCAGCGCGGCAUCCUGGCCAAAGUGGAGGGGCAGCGUCUGGCCUACCAGUUCAAAGAAAUGCCCAAGAACAUCCGAGUGAUAGAUGACGAGGAGGAUGGAGAAGAGGUGGAGGACAGCGAGGGCAUAGUGUCCGUCCAGCACCCAGCUCAGCAUGGCCCCCCCAGCCUGGGCACCCCCUCACCUGCUGCCACCCAGCCUCAACAGACCUACGUCACGGUCCUCCCCAGCGGCGCUGUCAGCAGGCCCAUCAGAGCCAUGCCCUUGGUCAUGAAUUCACUUGGUCAGGUAACGUUAAACUCCUCGUCCAUCUUCACCACCACCACAGGGGUCCCGGUAACGUUAGCCAAUGCCUCCGGAAGCAACCCCCCUAAACUGGUGAUCCAGACUCUGCCCAGCAUGCUGCCCUCUGGCUCCAAAGCAGGAGAGAAAAUCACUAUCAUCACCAUCCCCGCCAACCAGCUGGCCACGCUCAUGCAGGCCAGCUCGCAGGGCCAGGUGACGCAGCUCUUCCAGGCCAAACCCAUCGCUACGCAGUUAGCCACCGCUAAGAUGGCCCCCACGGUCCAGCUGGCAGCAGGCCGAGCCACACAGCACCUCAUCCUGGCUAAACCUGCAGCGGUGGCCCAGCAUCUGCCCCAGCUCUCUGUCCAGGUCAGCCAACCUCACCCCACCACACCCAGAAACCCCACCCAGCCCUCCAAGCUUCCCAGCAGUAAGCCCCAAGCAGAGGCAGCAGCGGACCCUCCAUCAGCAGACACCAGCUCCUCCUGAGUGUUCCGCCCGCCCUGGGGGAUGGGGGGGGUGGGGGGCAGGAAGUGACUGUGGACACUGCUGAGGAAGUGCAGGAAGCCCCCCACUGUUCCCCCUCCGAAAUAGAGCAGAGCUGCUCUCUGAUUGGCUCGCCUGACAUUGGUCUCUAGGGGAAGAAUCCUGUUACCUUCGAGCUGCUGAACCCACAGAGGAUUAAAGGGACUGUUGAUAAAACACACACACACACACACCCACACACCCACCCUUCGGAGCUCACAUCAAAUGGGCCGCCUUAGAUUGUAAAUGAUAUCCUUUUUGUAAUGGAAGGUGAUAUAAAUCCCGGAUCAGAAAUGUAAAAAGCGUUUUUGAUACUCGGCGUGUAUCGGACAGACGUAGUAUCAGUUCAUGUCUUUGUUUCCUGUUACUCCACAGCACUGUUUUUUACUGUCCAUAAAAAGGGAGUGAAAGGAUGUCUGCGUCAAGAUUAAAGAAGUUAAUGGUGUGCUCUAUAUCUGAAGUAUAAUAUACUAUUUUUUUCUUGUACUAUCAGCGUAUUGAAGUAGAUUUUACUGAAAAUAUGUAUUAUAAAAAAACAACAAAUGUGAA